AACACACCUGCAGGGGAAGAGGCAGAGAGGGCACAUCUACACCUCUCGCUGCAGCCAGUCCCGGUCACUUCGCAGCCACGGACAUGUCAGGCUACCGAGUUGCACAAUGGGGAACAACAACAACUAAACGAUUUGUUAAAAAACAGCAAAAAAGCCUCAUGCAAGGAAGAAGAACUGUCUCUUUGUAGCUGUACUGUGGGGCUCUAAGGAGCAGAGGAAGAACAGUGGCUCUGGCUUCAGGAUCACUGGCAGGAAUGCUGGGGAACUCACAGCAAGCUGGACAGUGCAAGAAAUCCUUCUCACCCACAAAAGCAAUGACUACUUUGAAAGUUGUCAGGAAGAGCAUUUGCACCAUUGUCCUUCUCACCAUCGAUACAGUCACAGGAGCUGCAGAGAACAACUCCUCAGUGUUAGUGAUGACUGUAGGUAACAGCUCAGUUCUCACCUGCCCUCUCAGAGGAAAUAUGACUAUGCUAAAAUGGACAAUAAGCCCCAAGGCUGGAGGCCCUUGCACCUUGGUAUACAGGGUUGAUACAAACAGGACACACAGAACAAACUGCAGUGACAACAUAGACUGGACAUUCCAAGCAGGUCUGCCUCCUGCCCUUGAGAUACGGCAAGUGGGAAUCGCCCAGGAGGGAAAUUACAGCUGCGAAAUGGCAACAACGGAAGGGAAUUUCCACAACACCUACCACCUGACCGUGCUGGCCCCCCCGAGGCUGAGCCUGUCCUGUGAUGAGCAGGGCAGCCCCGUGUGCGAGGCAGCGGUGGGGAAGCCGCCGGCUCAGCUCUAGUGGCUCCCAGAGGGCAGCUCCCCUCCAGAGGAGAAGUGCCACGACAACGGGACAGUGACUGUUCUCAGCAAGUUCAUGGUGUGUAGUCCCAAUGUCACCAAUGUGACCACCUGCAUGGUGUCCCACCCAGCUGGGAACUGGAGCCAGUCCAUAACCUGCUGUCCCUCAGAGAAAAGUGGAUGCUUUCAUCCCUGUGUCAUCAGCCUUACUGGCCUCAUGAGUCUCCUCUUCUUGCUGGCUGCUUUUGAGCUCUACAUCUUCUUUAAUAGGACAAUGUCAAACCUGUGCAAACCAAGGCAGCUUCCACCUGCAGAGGUGUCUGGGCUUGAGCAGAGAUGAAAGAAAGUCCUGUUAAGUGUCAGUGAUGUGGCCUGCAGCAAGAACUCAGCAGUAGCAGAGCACUCAGAAGAAGGAAGCAAACAUCUACAGUGCAGCCAGUGUAAUUGUGCAGAAGAAUAGCAUGCAAGCUGGAUCCUCCCCAACCCUGUCAGCUCUGUCUUCCAUCCUCUCUCUAGUGCAACUACAGAUGUUGUUACCACGCUUGCAAGUAUCAACCUUUCUGUACAAGGUCAGAUCUAACAUAUAUGCAAUUGGAAAUUAACUCAUGUUGUAUAAAAUUAGGUCAUUCCAUUUCAGGUGCCUUGUAUUGUAGUAAUUAAGUAGCAUGUCUUCUAGAAAAAAAAAAGAAAAAAAAAAAAGAAAAAAUGUUUGUGUGUAAUAAUUGAGCAGCAGCCUUCCCAGGACAACCACACAGAUCUGAAGAUAAAUUUGAGCAACUCUUAUCUUUGCUAUAAAAAUUUUGAAGUGUUUCACUACCAGCUACAAAAAUAAAAACAAAAACAAAAACAAAAAAGGAGA